UCUCUCGCGCCCGUCACGGCGGCUUUUGGGGGGGCGGGUCCUUCUCACCGCCUGGCUGAGGGGUGGGAGGAAGAGCGGAGGGCGGGGCUGGCGAGGAUGAUGAGGGAAGACGAAGAGGAGUGAUCGGAGAGGCGGGCGCUGCGCGUGCUUGUGUGCGGGAAGAGAGCGAGGCGAAGCUGCAGCUUCCUCACAGAGAAGGAAGGAAGGCAGGCAGGCUGCUUGAGGAGUGUGGGGGAACAGAACGGACUCAAGGCGGCGGCAGCAGGAGCAGCAACAGCAGCCGCCGCCUCAGAAGCAAGAGGAGGAGGCGGAGACUGCGGUGCGGCGGCGGCGGUCGUCGUUGUCCCCUCCCCGCCUCUCCAGCCUGAGGGGGGGGCAAGACAAGAUGAGGGAUGCGGCGGCCCCGCCCGACCCACAGUGCUGAUGCCAUGAUCAUUUCAACCAUUCUGAGAAUGGAUUACUGUUACUGAUGGGAAGAAGUCCAAUAUGAGUGGAAAUGAUGUUGGGGGAAGAAGACGCUUUGAGGACAGCGAGCACACACUACACAUAUACCCUGGGAACGUUGCUGAAGGGACCAUCUAUUGUCCUGUUAUUGCACGAAAAACUUCCACAGCUGCUGAGGUGAUAGACUCUCUCAUUAACAAACUUCAGCUGGACAAAACAAAAUGCUAUGUUUUGGCAGAGGUGAAGGAGUUUGGUGGGGAAGAAUGGAUCCUCAACCCCACAGACUGCCCUGUCCAGCGCAUGAUGUUGUGGCCCCGUAUGGCCUUAGAGAACCAUUUGAGCGGAGAGGACUAUCGCUUUCUUUUAAGGGAAAAGAACCUAGAUGGGUCAAUACAUUAUGCCAGCCUCCAGUCCUGGUUGCAGGUGACAGAAGAGCGGCGCAGAAUGAUGGAACGUGGCUUCCUUCCUCAACCUCAGUACAAGGACUAUGAUGAUUUAUGUGCUUUGCCAGACUUGAAUGAGAGAACUCUCUUAGAAAACCUUAGAAAUCGUUUUAAACAGGAAACAAUUUACACAUAUGUUGGGAGCAUACUAAUAGUAAUAAAUCCUUUCAAAUUUCUCCCCAUUUACAACCCUAAAUAUGUCAAAAUGUAUGACAACCAUCAGCUGGGAAAGCUGGAGCCUCACAUUUAUGCAGUGGCUGAUGUGGCAUACCAUGCUAUGCUUCAGCGUCGGAAAAACCAGUGUAUUGUCAUUUCUGGAGAAAGUGGAUCUGGGAAAACACAGAGCACAAAUUUCUUGAUUCAUCACCUCACUGCUCUUAGCCAGAAAGGAUUUGCUAGUGGAGUAGAACAAAUAAUUCUUGGAGCUGGACCAGUACUUGAGGCAUUUGGGAAUGCAAAGACAGCACACAAUAACAACUCAAGUCGCUUUGGCAAGUUUAUCCAAGUGAAUUAUCAGGAGACUGGCACUGUGCGUGGAGCUUAUGUUGAAAAAUAUCUACUGGAAAAAUCCAGGCUAGUCUAUCAGGAACAUAAUGAGAGGAACUACCAUGUAUUUUACUACCUUCUGGCAGGAGCAAGUGAAGAAGAGAAAACAGCUUUUCAUCUUAAGCAACCUGCGGAAUAUCAUUAUCUUAAUCAGAUGACAAAGAAAACCCCAAAACAGAGCUGGGAUGACUGUUACUAUGACUCUGAGCCGGAUUGCUUCUCUGUUGAAGGGGAAGAUUUGAAGCAUGACUUCGAGCGUUUGCAGCUAGCUAUGGAGAUGGUGGGCUUCCUUCCCAAGACCCGCAAACAGAUUUUUUCCCUUUUGUCUGCUAUACUACACUUGGGUAACAUCUGUUACAAAAAGAAAACGUACCGAGAUGAUUCAAUAGAUAUCUGUAAUCCAGAAGUCCUGCCUAUUGUCUCAGAGCUACUGGAGGUGAAAGAAGAAAUGUUAUUUGAAGCACUAGUUACAAGGAAGACGGUGACUGUGGGGGAGAAGCUCGUAUUACCAUACAAACUGGCAGAGGCUGUUACCGUGCGGAAUUCCAUGGCUAAAUCAUUGUACAGUGCUCUGUUCGAUUGGAUAGUUUUUAGAAUUAACCAUGCACUUUUAAAUACCAAGGACUUGGCAGAGAGCACGAAGACUUUGUCCAUUGGAGUACUGGAUAUUUUUGGGUUUGAAGAUUAUGAAAGUAAUAGCUUUGAACAAUUUUGCAUUAAUUUUGCAAAUGAACGUUUACAACACUAUUUUAACCGACACAUCUUUAAACUGGAGCAAGAGGAGUACAGACUGGAAGGCAUCACCUGGCAUAACAUAGAAUACACAGACAACUCUGACUGCAUAAACCUCAUCAGUAAAAAGCCAACAGGGCUGCUCCAUCUGCUGGAUGAGGAAAGCAACUUCCCGCAAGCCACAAAUCAAACGCUGCUAGACAAAUUUAAGCGCCAGCAUGAAGGGAACCUCUACAUUGAAUUUCCAGCUGUGAUGGAACCUGCCUUUAUCAUAAAACACUAUGCAGGGAAAGUUAAAUAUGGUGUGAAGGAUUUCCGGGAGAAAAAUACAGAUCAUAUGAGACCAGAUAUCGUCGCUCUUCUAAGAAGCAGCAAGAGUGCCUUUAUUUGUGGGAUGAUAGGUAUUGACCCGGUUGCUGUGUUCCGCUGGGCAGUCCUCAGAGCUUUUUUCAGAGCUGCUGUUGCAUUUAGAGAGGCUGGAAGGCAGUACAUUGAAAAGAAAACUGGGCAUGAUGAUGCGGUUUUGAAAAGUGUGGAUAGUUUUAGCUUUCUCCAUCACCCAGUUCAUCAGAGGAGCUUAGAGAUCCUGCAGAGAUGCAAGGAGGAGAAGUACAGUAUUGCCCGGAAACGUCCAAGAACACCCCUUUCAGAUCUGCAGGGAGUUAACACUAUCAAUGAGAAAAGCCAGCGUGAUGUGUAUGGAGUUGGUUGGAACAGCAGAAUGGGUGUCCGGCAGAGCAAAUUCUCCAGCCAUAGCAGUUUACUCGACAAAGAUGGGAUAUUUGUGAAUUCAACUAACAGCAAGCUCUUGGAGAGAGCCCAUGGCAUUCUCAUGCGAAACAAGAAUUUCAAAACAAAGCCUAACCUUCCAAAGCACUUGCUGGAAGUGAAAUCGCUCAAGCACUUGACAAACCUGACCCUACAUGACCGUAUUACAAAGUCUCUUCUCCAUCUUCACAAGAAGAAGAAGCCCCCCAGCAUCAGUGCACAGUUCCAGGCAUCGCUUACCAAACUGAUGGAGACCCUUGGCCAAGCAGAGCCCUAUUUUGUCAAAUGCAUUCGUUCCAAUGCUGAUAAGCUUCCUCUGAGGUUCAGUGACAACCUGGUGCUUAGACAGCUACGGUACACGGGGAUGCUAGAGACAGUGCGCAUUCGACAGUCAGGAUAUAGCUGCAAAUAUACUUUACAGGAGUUUGUAGACCAUUUCCAUGUUCUUCUUCCACGAGGAACUAUUCCAUCUCGGCAAAACAUUCAAGAUUUCUUGAGAAAAACAAAUACCAGUCCAGACAAUUAUCAAGUGGGGCGAACAAUGGUUUUCCUGAAAGAGCAGGGACGACAAUUUCUACAGGGCCUGUUGCAUGAGGAAGUGUUGCAAAGAAUUACUCUACUGCAGAGCUGGUUCCGCACUAUGCUCUGCAGAAGGCACUUCCUGAACUUGAAGCAGGCAGCUGUGGUCAUACAGCAAUACUGGCAUAGUUAUCGGAGAAGAAAACAAGCUGAGAAAGAAGAGUUCUUGAACAAAUCCAUCUGUUUAAGAAAGGCAGCAGUUGUCCUUCAGGCCUAUUGGCGAGGCUAUGUGGCAAGGCGAAGAUUCCAACAGAUGCAGGUGGCAAGUUUCAUUAUCCAGAGCUAUUGGCGUGAAUGCUUGAGGCACAGGCAUGCUGCAGCUACAGCCAUCCAGGCAAAAUGGCGCAGCUACCACACCAGGAGGGUCUACAGGGCCAAGAGAAACAAAGUAAUUUUGUUGCAAGCUGCAUAUAGAGGAUACAAAGCACGACAGAGGUUCAGAACUUUAAAGGAGCAGAGAUUGAGGAAUAUGAUGGUAAAAGAAGAGGAUGGACUGGUACCAGCUGACAAUUUAGACAUUAAGGGUUCAGACCCUACCAAAUGGGAAGAUCGUUCAUUUGAUGAGAGAGUGAAGGCUGUGGAAGAAUAUAAGUCAGUGAUAGAAAACAGGGUGGGUCAAUUUGAUCCCUCUGAUAGUUCUAUGUCUUUGUACAACAAACACCACAAGAGAGCCAACUUUCAGAGUGGAGAGAGCUUAGAUGAGGAGCUUCUUGUGAGAGAGAGACCUAAGUCGUUAGAAGACCUGAACCAAAAAAAAGGAGUUCGUGCAAAACGAGAGAGCCGGCGGAUGCGUGAAUUGGAACAGGCCAUCUUUAGCUUGGAGUUGCUUAAGGUCCGGUCCACUGGUGGGGCGUCACCCUCAGAGGAGCAUCAGUGGUCCCCAGAGUUAAUUUCUGAAGGCAUGAAGUCUCCCCAAGAAACUCCAGAGAGUGAGAGUUCUCAGGGAAGUCUAGAGAUGCUGACCCAUGAGGAGACUCAGAAGAGCAAGCAGAACCCUGUCUUACCACACAACCCUGUUCACAGAGACUCAUUACCAGAUAGUCCUACAUCUGGCAAUGCUCAAGGUAUACCCAUUCUUGCUGCUGAUGUAAAUAAAAAGGUGUCUGAUAGAAAAAGGUCAGUCUCAAGUUCUGAAUUACCAGAGUGCCUUGCUGCUAAAGAUGGGCCUGCCUGUGAUUCUCACGGUGUUCUCUAUAACAUGCAUGCAAGAGAGCCGCUAAUUUCAAGUAGCCUUCCUACAUUUUACCUGCCACCACAGGAUAAUCUGAAAACUGGCCAUUCGGUUAUAGAGAAUAACCUGAGGAACAAACGAAAGGAAGUAGGGGGCAAGUUUUUCUUCCCAGAAGUCAAGCAAAAUGCUGAAUUGGAAAGGGCAGAGCAGAACAGAGCCUUUCAUGGGGAAUGCCGGCCUUCUUUCAGAGGAGAAGAGGGAUCACUUCUUACUACUUCAGAAAUGCUGUCUUCUGAGUCGAUUAUCAAGAAGCUGGAGAAGCUAAAUGUGGAGAAGGAAGAGCGACAGAAACAAAAGCAAUUGCAGAAUGAGAGAGAAAUGAUGGAGCAGAUUCGACAGCAGAAGGAAAUCUUGGGGAAACAACGUAAAGUUUUUGAAGAGCUUGAGAGGCAAGAGAAUGAACAGAAUAGGAACAGGGAGUCCUCCCAAGGAACCUCUCUCAGGUCACCAAACAAAAUAGGCAGGCCUCAGUCUCUCCUCAUUGUGAAUCCCCAGGACAAAGAGGACCACUAUCUUACAAGUACUGAACCCACUUCAUUGGUAGAUAUUAAAGAUCUUAUUGUAACCAAAAAAGGAACCCCACCUGCUUGCCAGAAAGCCCAGAAGGAAAGUACUAUCAUCAUGUUCCUGGAACAAAAGGAAGGUGAGACUCCAGUUGUCCAGGAGUCUUCUGGAGCAGAUCAGUUGAACUUGCAAGUGGGUACUGAAUCUCAGGAAGGCUUGAGCAAUCCACCUGCAAGAGAGAAACGAUUCCGGUUGCCCCGAAUUCCUCGCCAGGGCACUGAUACUUCUUCUAGCGAGACCAGACGUGGUUCCAUUUUCUUUACCCCAAAGGAUAGUCACAUGGGUCUUAACAAAGAAUCUUCAGCACGUCAGCUUCUUCCAAAAGAAGAGCACAGAAAGCCAUUAAAGGUUCCUGGACAAGGCAGGGGAGAGCAGGUCUCCAGACCAGCCCAUAAAAAGAAAGCCCGCAUGGCACGGACACGCUCUGAUUUCUUGACUAGAGGUGCUUUUGCUGAUUGGGAGGGGGACACGGAGGAAGAGGAUUGCGAUGACAGUUUUGAAUUCCUUCUCUCCCUUGACCAACCUCCUCACCCUGAGCCCGGCUGCGCAGCCAGACUUGGGCAGCCCUGUCACAGUGACUCUGAAAUGAUGCUGCAGCGUUUCACAUCAAGUGAAGGCCAAACAAAGCUUCACAAAACAAUGUCUCAAGGAGAGAUUGGAAAACUGGCAGCUGCACAGAAGACUGUAGCUACAGAUGGAAGGCCUCAAAGAGCCAAGAUGAGAUUUUGGGGGAAAGGGAGGCAGGGGGAGAAAAAAACCAGCAGGGAGAAGCUUGCGACCCAGUCAGAGCUAUUGGAGUUGUAUCCUGAUCAAGAUGCACCAGGAAGAGAGAUUAUUUCAGGUCUACAUCUUGAAGAAGAGCUUACUCCUCCGAGGAGUCCUGAGUUGUCUGGCAUUUAUCGAAGGGAAUGUAAGGAAAAUAAAGAGCCAUCUCCCAAAGUGAAACGAAAACGCAGCCUGAAAAUCAGCAGUGUAACUAUGGAGCCUGCACACUGGCAGAAUGACGCUCUUCAGAUCAUAACCAGUGUCAGUGACUUGAAAAGCAUGGAUGAGUUCCUCUUGAAAAAGAUGAAUGAUCUGGAUAGCGAGGACUGCAAGAAGGAUACUCUGGUGGAUGUUGUAUUCAAAAAAGCCUUGAAAGAAUUCCGGCAAAAUAUCUUUAGUUUCUACUCUUCAGCUUUGGCAAUGGGUGAUGGAAACAGCAUCCGGUACAAGGACUUGUAUGCCCUGUUUGAACAGAUUCUGGAGAAAACAAUGAAGCUUGAGCAGAGAGACUGGAGUGAAUCCCCUGUCCGGGUCUGGGUCAAUACCUUCAAGGUGUUUUUGGAUGAAUACAUGACAGAGUAUAUGCCUUUGAAUUAUACUGCCUUAAAGGUUACCAAAACAGAAAGAAAAAAGAGAAGGAAGAAGGAAGCAGAUGUUGUAGAAGAACAUAACGGUCACAUUUUUAAGGCCACUCAGUACAGCAUUCCCACUUACUGUGAAUUCUGUUCCUCCCUGAUAUGGAUCAUGGACAGGGCCUCUGUUUGUAAAUUAUGCAAAUACGCUUGCCACAGAAAGUGCUGUCUGAAGACCACAACUAAGUGCUCCAAAAAGUAUGAUCCUGAGCUUUCUUCGCGGCAAUUUGGGGUUGAACUCUCACGUCUCACCAGUGAAGAGCGAACAGUGCCAUUAGUGUUUGAGAAGCUGACCAGCUAUAUAGAAAUGCAUGCACUGUACACAGAGGGCAUUUACCGGAAAUCCGGAUCAACCAAUAAGAUCAAAGAGCUGCGACAGGGACUUGACACAGAUAUUGAGAGUGUGAAUCUUGAUGACUACAACAUCCAUGUCAUUGCUAGUGUCUUCAAACAGUGGCUGAGAGAUUUACCUAAUCCUCUCAUGACAUUUGAACUCUAUGAAGAAUUUCUGCGAGCUAUGGGCUUGCAUGAAAGGAAGGAGGCCAUCCGUGGGGUGUACUCUGUCAUUGAUCAGCUUUCUCGUACACAUCUCAAUACCUUGGAACGUUUGAUCUUCCACCUCGUCAGGAUUGCCCUGCAAGAGGAGACCAAUCGAAUGUCACCCAAUGCCCUGGCCAUUGUAUUUGCUCCUUGUAUUCUCCGUUGUCCAGACACCACUGACCCUCUGCAGAGUGCUCAGGAUGUCAGUAAAACCAUAAGCUGUGUAGAGUUGAUUGUUGUGGAGCAGAUGAAUAAAUAUCGGGCUCGCCUCAAGGACAUCAGCAGCCUUGAGUUUGCAGAGAACAAAGCCAAGAGUCGGCUGUCGAUGAUUCGCAGAUCUAUGGGUAAAGGACGUCUACGAAGAGGCACCUACCCAAGUCCCACAUCACCGGCUGCAGUCCGGUUGCCAUCCGUGUCAGAUGCCCCUGAAGAGGCUCUGAGCAGCGAAGAGGCCAUGGAGGUGGAUGUCACGGAACAGCAGCAAGUAGCCAUGCAACAAGAAGAGAGGGUGUUGACGGAGCAGAUUGAGAGCCUUCAGAAAGAAAAGGAAGAGUUAACUUUUGAAAUGCUGGCACUGGAGCCAAGAGCCUCUGAUGAUGAAACUCUAGAGUCUGAGGCCUCCAUUGGUACUGCUGACAGCUCUGAAAACCUGAACAUUGAUUCUGAAGGAGCCAUCUCAGACAGAUCAGAUAGAAGUUUAGCACUUGGCUUAGCAAGAGCCAUCAAGACAGAGCCCAUCACUACCGCCAGGCCUCGACGGCAUCUGAGGAAGCAGCAGGAAUCUGUGGACUCAGUAGACUCCUCAGUGUCUUCUCCAUCUCUUUCACCCUCCUCCUCCUCCUGCUUACCUCAUGUAACUAGGAAACGAUUCCAGAUAUACUCCAAAUCACCUUUCUACCGAGCAGUUCCCUCUGGGGAUGCCACAGUACUCGAGCGAUCACCAGGGCAUCUCAGAGGUCUGGAUGACAAGCCACAGUUCACCACCAGAGGGACUUUCAACCCUGAAAAGGGCAAGCAGAAACUGAAGAAUGUGAAAAACUCUCCCCCAAAAGCCAAAGAGCUCCCAGAGGCGGCUGCCGGGACAGGUCGGAAGAGACACCCUGAUGCUGCUGAUUACAACAGUCCUCAGCAGCUGGUGCUACUUGGGAAUAAUGAAUUUAUGGUGUGAGGCAGUUGAUCACAGAAAAAUCAGAACACCCUCAUGCUUGGAAUCUUUCAUCUACUUCAGCACCAUCUGCCACCAUCUCCAUCGUACAACUGCUGCAGGUCAUCCAAGCCGGUGUAUCCUCCAGUCAUUGCUUGGAAUCGCAACUUUGUAUUACCAGUGCAGAAGAGAGGAGGCUAACUAUUAGCAAGAGUCAGUGGAGGACGGAUCUGCUGUGGCCUUAGUUGUUUCCUUACUCAAGUAACUUUUCAGUGUGUUGGGCUGGGAAUAGGCAUUGAAGCUGAGGAUGGAAUGGCUGGUGAGCCAUGUUUGCAUUUUCCAUUGGUGCCCAGUUCCAUCUCUCAUGGGCUAGGGAAUGUGCCAGCCAAGGACACUGGAGGUCAGUUGGAGUUCAGGGACCUGUUCUUGAUCCCAGUUGUCAAAGCUGCUGACUUUAGGGAUUGGGUUUUGCACUGGGAUUUAUAAGCAUGGGCUUUGUUACAAGGAACCACAGCAAGGAGGAGAGCAAGCCCUUUGUUUGGAGCUGUUUAUAAUGCACUCCACGGUGUUGGAUAAUGAUGAUAGAAAUGUUCAUUUCCACUCGAGCGCUUCUUGGACAACCAACAGGGGCAUACCUGUUAUGGAAAGGAGAGCUAUUUGACUUUUUGAAAGUCUCUUUGUUGGCCAUGUCAGAAUAACGAAUGUCAGUUUGAUUCCAGGUAGGCCUAAGCCAAAUACUUGUGCUGAAUGUUCAGUAGCCAUAACCACAACAAGUGCCCUGUGGUCAAGGCACAAGAUAGGAUUUCAAAAGGCAAAAUAAAUGUUAAGAGGUAGAACCCAAUUGUCUUUCGAAGUUCGUCCCAGACAUUCUGUGCUGCUAGCUGAGGAAAAAGCUCUACAAACAGACUGACAGGCAAGGAAAUGUCACUCGUUGAAUUGCUUUACUCAAACAAAACACAAGUUUAUGGAAAAGCAGUAAAGAGGGCUGCUGUCACAGUCUGUGUAAAAUGUGAUUUGACAUCACUUUUUUACUGAACAUCAGUAUUAAACAAAGGCAAAAUGAAAUCAGAGUCUACUUGAAGCUCUUUGAUAGUAUUAUGGUUACUGAAGUUCAAUGUAAAUAAAAACUUUUUAUGUUUUUA